AUGAAGGCUCUCAUUCUUGUCGGUGGCUUUGGCACCCGUCUACGCCCACUCACUCUUACCCUCCCAAAACCUUUAGUCGAGUUCGGUAACAAGCGCAUGAUUUUACAUCAAGUUGAAGCUUUGGCAGAAGCUGGAGUAACAGAUAUUGUUUUGGCUGUAAACUAUCGCCCGGAGGUUAUGGAAAAGUAUUUGGCUGAGUACGAACAAAGAUUCAACGUUAAAAUCACAUUUUCCAUCGAAUCCGAACCAUUAGGUACAGCCGGUCCUCUUAAACUCGCAGAAGAAAUUCUCGGCAAAGAUGACGCGCCUUUCUUCGUUCUUAACUCAGAUGUCAUCUGUGAAUACCCCUUCGCAGACUUGGCUGCUUUCCACAAGAAGCACGGUGAUGAAGGUACCAUCGUCGUAACUAAGGUUGAAGAACCAUCCAAAUAUGGUGUCGUUGUUCAUAAACCAAAUCACCCAUCCAGAAUCGAUCGAUUCGUAGAGAAGCCAGUCGAAUUCGUCGGAAACCGCAUUAACGCCGGUAUCUACAUCUUAAACCCAAGUGUCCUCAAGCGCAUCGAUCUCCGCCCUACCUCCAUCGAACAAGAGACUUUCCCUGCCAUUUGCGCAGAUGGUCAAUUACACUCUUUCGACUUAGAAGGAUUCUGGAUGGAUGUUGGGCAACCCAAAGAUUUCCUCUCUGGAACUUGUCUCUACCUCUCUUCCCUUACCAAAAAGGGAUCCAAACUCCUUACCCCACCAAAUACCCCAUAUGUACACGGCGGUAAUGUCUUUGAUCGACCCAUCGGCCAAAAUCGGCAAGAACUGUCGCAUUGGUCCCAACGUAACAAUUGGUCCUAA